GUAAUCGAGCGGUGAAAAUGGAUACACCAAACGAUAUAUUUCAGUCUCGACAAUACAAAUACAAUCGUAUAUUACUUUCAUUACUGGGGCAAUGGCCCUUUCAAAAGAAAAGAGACAGGUGGAUUGUCUUUCUUGCCGUGUCAUUUAUUGGCAUAACGCAGUUCAUUUCUCAGAUACUUGCUUUAGUGACGUUACGCGGUGAUCUAGAUGCAACACUCGAAUGCGUAGCACCGCUUUUAGUAAAUUGCCUUUGCGUCGUUAAAUUAACAAAUUUGGUUUACAAUAUGAAGGGGAUCAAGAUACUUCUUAUGCACAUACAAGGAGAUUGGCAAUCGUGGAACAUUGACAGCGAAUUUAAAAUUUUGUACAGAUUCGCCGAAAGUGGAAGAAGCAUUACAAUCGGUUAUGCCAGUGGCAUGUACGCUUUCGGCAGCCUAUUCCCGUUCUUGGCGAUAAUUCCGAAGAUAAUUGGCAAAAAUGUAACUUCCAACUAUUCGACGCGGCCAGUGGGAUUUCCAUAUCACGUUGAAUAUUUCGUGGAUCUCGAUAAAUAUUAUUAUCCCGUGCUGAUUCAUAAUUAUUUAGCCACCGCCAUUCGACUCACUAUCAUAGUCGCAUCCGACACUUGCGUGAUUAUUUUGGUUCAACAUUGUUGCGCAUUGUUUUCAAUCAUCAGAUAUCGGAUGGAACAUAUACGAAAGGCCAUUAAAGAAGACAAGCAGUUCGCUUUCCUCGAGGAAGAUGAUAAGGUUUACAAGAAUUUCAUACAUUGCAUUCGAAAACACGAGGAUGCCAUACAAUUCGCGAAUUGCCUGGAGGCUAUUUACAAACAGGCACUCUUCGUGGAAGUCGGUUUGAUUGUAUCAAUGAUGAGCUUAUCAGCUCUACAGGCGACCAAUGAUACCCUCACACCACAGGUCGCUGUUCGACAUGGCGGAUAUAUAAUGGCUCAAUUAAUACACUUAUUUACUGUAUGCUGGUUAGGCCAACAAAUAAUCGAUCAUAGCGAUCAUGUAUAUACAGCAAUUUAUCGAGGCGAAUGGUAUGAAUCAUCAUCCAAGUCUAAAAAACUUUUAAAUAUGAUAAUGUUGAGGAGCAUCUCACCUUGUACAUUGACUGUUGGAAAAAUCAUGGUCCUUUCUCUUCCUAGUUUCAGCGCGGUCGUACGUGCAUCUGCUUCGUAUUUUACAGUCCUACAAUCUGUACAGUAAAGUAUAAAAUUUUGGAAAUUUCUUUUCUGAAAGGUGUAAAAUUAUCGAUGUAAAAAUAUGUAUGAUACUC